GGAGCUUUGCAUGAAGUUACGUCCCUUGCACCCAAGUCCAGUAACAAACAAAAAUGGCUGCAACCAUGAUGACCAGCAAGUUUGGUGCAGGGUCUUCUUCUGCCGUUAACGGCGACUUAACUCCAGAUUGGUUGAACGCAGAACUUACAACUGGUACAACAAUAGCAGCAGUUGAGUUCGAUGGGGGAGUGGUGAUUGGAGCCGACUCCAGAACAACUACAGGAUCAUACAUUGCCAACAGAGUGACUGAUAAGUUGACAAAGGUGACGGACUAUAUCUACUGCUGCCGAUCUGGUUCUGCAGCUGACACACAAGCUGUUGCAGACAUCGUCAACUACCAUCUCAACUUCUACAAAAUGGAGAUGGGCGAGGAGCCUGAGGUGAAGACAGCAGCCAAUGUAUUCCGAGACCUCUGUUAUGAACACCGGGACAACCUCACAGCAGGCAUCAUCGUCGGGGGCUGGGACAAGCGAGGAGGGGGACAGGUGUUUUCUAUUCCCCUUGGUGGUAUGCUGGUGAGACAACCGUUUGCUAUCGGUGGAUCAGGCAGUACCUAUCUAUAUGGCUACGUUGACUCUCAGUUUAAAGUUGGACUCUCCAAGGAGGAAUGUCUGCAGUUUGUAGCAAACGCUUUGUCACUUGCCAUGAACAGAGACGGUUCCAGCGGUGGCAUCGUCCGCCUGGCCGCCAUCACGAAGGACGGAACAGAGAGGUUCACACUAACAGGGGAUCAGAUCCCCAAGUUCUAUGAGGGCCAUUGAUCUACAUCUCUAACUUAAGUCUGUAUCAUAAUUUCAUACAUGUCAGCUUGUCCAUGUUGUUCUUGAGAAGAGCUUUGUGCUUCGGUUAUAAUCUGAGAUAAAACACUGUGACGUCA